AUGUUUAACACAACAGUGCCACGUGAACGAUAUCUCUCGGGGAGAGGAGCAGGCUGCAGCUGGCAAUGCCUGUUAGAUUUAAGGGGAUGAGGUAACUGAUCCUCUAUCGGAAGGACAGAUCCUAAGCAACCAGAAAAGAACAUUUUGAUGGUGUCCCUAAUCAAACAUUGACUGUCAACGGUGAACACACCGGGAGGGGACCAAAGCCGAGAGCCACAAGAAACUGAGACCCUCGUUCGGGAAGUAGCACUUCCUGCGGUUGCAGGGAGAGGCGGUGGUGCUGGUGCGGAGUGGAGAGAGAGCGGUCCCCCCGGAAAGCAGGGAGGGGAGUGGAGGGAAAUAUAUCCUUGGUUGUGUUCAGAAGUGACAGAGAAUGAUAUUUCUCUCCCGUGGUGUGAAAGCUGAGGGACAGUCCGCACCAUCUCCCUGAGGGCAUCGAGCAGGAGUGGCUGCUGUGUCAAUCAGUCCCACAUUUCAUCUGAGCCACCUCCCUCCGUGCCGCCGCUGAGUGGAAGCCAAAAGCGAAAACAUAACGCGCCGCAAACUGAAGAGAAUGUGAAUUUUAGCCAAUUAGACAGUAUUUGUUUGUCAUGUGGCUUUUGUUACAAACUCAGUGAGAAGUGAUGUGCAGUGUUGCCACCCGGAAACACAGAAAAUAAACCGAAACCACAGAGAGCAGGAAGCUCCCCGAGCUCUCCACAGGAAAGUCAGGAAAAUAGAAAAGACCGAGAAAAGGUGAAAAGAAAACCGGGCAGAUCCCGGGCCUCAGGGGCCUGAUGCUGCCAGCUUCACCCCCACCACCACCUGGUAAAAAAUAUCCCAGUCGGUGUGUGUUCGCUGCCCCCGAGGGAAACAUUCCCAUCAGUUUUUGUAUCUCAGACUCAACCAGAACCUUCAGGCGGUUCAAUCUCACGGGGACUGGUGAUGGUCAGCCCUUCCUCGUUUUUAACUGCGGAGUUUUCUUUCUGAGACAAACCAACCAGUCACUCCCACUCCGAGUCAUUAGGAAAGGAUCCAACUUCAGUCCAACGGUCAAAGCGACAUCUUGCAAUUCUGUUUUGUUUUAUUUUCCCCAGCCCCCAAACUAUGAUUAUUUCUCCCUUCCCAGGAAUAUUUAAUUCCCAGGGCUUGAUUGGAAUACAGACAGUGGACUGUGCCAGAAUGUUGAUGACCCUUUUCUCCAUCUCCCUGUGUUUUUCCUCGGUCUCUCCCGGUCUGACUCCAACCAGCAGAAAGCUUUCCCCCCGAUUGCCAUUGACUGCACUUUUGCUGGACUCCUUAAUGGCACACUCAGUUAAAGGAAGCCUCGAUGUCCAGGGUGUUCCUUUCACCUCAGGCUCUGACUCACUGACUGUGAUCUACUCGGCAGUCUAUGGCAUUAAGGACUUUCCUGAGGUGACUAAUAUUGCAAUGGUCAAUGGAAUUCAACUCAAUUAUCAUGACACUAAUAUCCGUCGGGUGAUCCCCAGGCAGCAGUUCAUGGAGGAUUAUUUUGAUUCAAAAUACUGGGAAUAUCUCACCGGUCUCGGGAAUACACGAUCAGACAUGGCAAAGGAGAAUCUGAAUGCAAUAAUGAAAAAUACAAACCAGACAUCUGGAAUUCACACAUUUCAAUGGAUAGCAACUGUUGAAAUCGCUGAUGAUAACUCUGUGAAGAGAUCGAUGAGAUUUGGAUUUGAUGGAAAGGAUUUCCUGAGCUUAGAGCCAGACAGAUUUAGGUGGAUUGCAACCAAUCAAAAUGCAGUGAAGACGAAAGAGAAAUGGAAUUCUGAUGAUUCCUGGAACAAGUAUUGGGAAAUGCAUCUGAAGCAAGGGUUUGUCCAGGAUUUAAAGAGAACCUUGCAAGCUGGAAAGCAGUAUUUCGAAAGGAAAGCUCAGCCUGAAGUGUUCAUCUCCAGGAGUGAGCCCAAUCGUCAGGACAAGCCACUCACUCUCUCCUGCCGAGUCACUGGAUUUUAUCCUGUAGACAUCGAGGUGACCUGGCUAAGGAAUGGAGAGGUUGUGUCUGAGACACAAUCCUCGGGGAUUCGACCGAACCAUGAUGGGACCCAUCAGAUCCAGAAAGAGAUUGAAAUCAGUGCUGGGGAUGAGGAUCAAUAUUCCUGCCAAAUUGAACACAGCAGCAUGACAGAGGCCAAGCUCUACCAGUGGGAAACCACAGGAAACAGAGGGGAACGCAUCCAUCUUGGAAUGAUACUUGGAAUCCUUAUUGCUGCAGUGUUCGGGAUAAUCGCAAUGAUCAUUUGGAUAAGGGCAUGGAAAGCUUCUGAUGUCUCUGUUCCAGCUCAUUCAUGAUUCAAUUGAACAGCGUAUCCCAGAUCUGCAUGUUGUGAUCCUCAGUCACCAAGUCAGGCCUUCUGAAGUUAUGUUUUCAUCCUGCCUCGGAAUGUGAGCAGUGUUUCCAUCAGAGGGAUCUUCAUGGACAGUUUCUCCCUCACACUUUCUCAUUUUCAAUGUCUUCACCCUUUCACAAUUUGCCUGAAAUGAAACAAUGUCCAAAGGCAACUUCUAAGCACUUUUUAUAUUGCAGGGUAUGUUUGCUUUUGUACUUUAAUUCACCAAAUGUGACCUCUUACGUAACAUACUGUUGUAAAUUGAAUACUUACAGUCUACUUAUUGAGAAAGCAUCUUUAUCUAUGUACUAUCAAUGUUUACCUACAAAUGCUGAUAAUUGUGGUUUGUAAUCAAUAAACAAUUUUUUGUGGUUGAACGUUA